CUGCGUGGCGCGCAUGCCGCCCUACCGCGGGCCCGGCGCGCCGCCGCACGCGCUCGACUACAUGGCCUUCUCCACCGCGCUCUACGGCGAGACCGACCUCUAGGUACGGCCCACACACACACACACACACACCGCCCCACCAGGCGGAGUACUGCGUGGCGCGCAUGCCGCCCUACCGCGGGCCCGGCGCGCCGCCGCACGCGCUCGACUACAUGGCCUUCUCCACCGCGCUCUACGGCGAGACCGACCUCUAGGUACGGCCCACACACACACACACACCGCCCCACCAGGCGGAGUACUGCGUGGCGCGCAUGCCGCCCUACCGCGGGCCCGGCGCGCCGCCGCACGCGCUCGACUACAUGGCCUUCUCCACCGCGCUCUACGGCGAGACCGACCUCUAGGUACGGCCCACACACACACACACACACACCGCCCCACCAGGCGGAGUACUGCGUGGCGCGCAUGCCGCCCUACCGCGGGCCCGGCGCGCCGCCGCACGCGCUCGACUACAUGGCCUUCUCCACCGCGCUCUACGGCGAGACCGACCUCUAG